UGGAGGGCAAUCAGCUGAUUGGACCACACAUGUUGGAGGGCGGAGCCAUGAUGGGCAAGGAUUACAUGUUGGCCAUCCUCAUAGUCAACUAUGACGACAACAUCUGGACCGACCAGAACCUGCUGCUGGAUCCGGACCUUCCCUCCGGCUGGAGAACCAUCAAAGACUCAACAGGAACCUACUACUGGCAUGUUCCCACCGGUGCCACGCAAUGGCACCACCCCCGCCUCAGCGGGACGCCACAGCUGCUCGACACCCAGCAAGAGGAGGUUGGACAGCAGAGCUCCAAGAGAGAGACAGACGAACCACCUGAGGCCAGGUCUUCGUGGCACGAAGAUUAUCUCACCAACCAUGACCCCAACUCCAAGUGUUUUGCGGUGAGGUCUCUGGGCUGGCUGGAGGUGGAGGAGGAGGACCUGUCUCCGGGUCGCAGCAGUCUGGCCGUCAGUAACGUCAUCCAGCAGCUGUCUCACUGCAGCAGCCCCGAGCAGAGAGACAGGACGGGGGCCUGGGGGGAGGGUCGGGAGAUGAUGCUGGUCCUGAAGAAAGACACUCUGACACUGUUGGACCCCCUAGACCACACCCCCCUUCACUGUCAGCCAAUCAUCAACAUCCGUGUCUGGGGGGUGGGCUGCAACAACGGCAGGGACAGGGACUUUGCCUUCGUGGCCGGCGAUAAGGACAGCUGUGUGCUGAAGUGUCACGUGUUUCGCUGCAACGCUCCGGCCAAAGCCAUCGCCACGGCGCUGCAUGAGAUGUGCUCCAAGAUGAUGUCGGAGAAGACGCUGAUGAGGCCAUCUCGCUCUCUGACGAUGGACAGCAUCUCACCUGAAGACCUGCCCAGACAAGUGGAGUUCCUGGAGGCAAUGCGGCAGCAGGUCCAGAAGUUUGAGGUCCAGUACAUCGGAAACCUGCCGGUGUCCAGAGCGAUGGGUAUGGAGGUGCUGAACAGAGCGAUAGAAAGCAUCAUGAACUCCACAGACCGAGAUGAGUGGGAGCCGGCCGUCAUCCACGUUACCGACAACAUCCUGUCUCUGUGGAAGGGCGAGGAAGGGGAGGAGCCUUUCUGGGAGUGUCAGGUACGUUUCCUCACCUUUCUGGGUGUCGGCCACGACAGCCACACCUUCGCUGUGAUCGUAGACGGCGGCACGCAGGAGUUCGAGUGUCACGUGUUCUGGUGUGAACCGGACGCAGGGAUCCUGUCUGAGGCCGUCCAGGCUGCGUGUAUGGUUCAGUAUCAGAAGUGUCUGGUGGCUCAGACUCCACCUCCGAGGACCAAGUCGUGGCGUGCGAUGCCGUCAAAGAUCAAACGGGCCAACUCCAUGGACAGCGCCGCCUUCCCUCCCCUCACGUCCCGUCACAAUGGCGGCAGCAGCAGCACCAUGAUGAUGCCCGGGAUCACCAAGGGCAACGGCAGCAGUAGCAACGUGAGGAAGGGGAUGAUGGCGUUCUUUGAAACUUUCCGGAACAAACAGGCCACCACCUCAUAAUGACGGGGGCGGGGCCAUCAGGGACACGUGACAGCAGAGACCGCCGAUCCUCCAGGACUCAAACGUGUUCGCCAAAACCACAAUGGCGUCUUCAGACCAACGUCUGAUUGGCUGAACUCUGUGUGCGCACGGCUCUGGUGGUCCGACCGGCUGAUUCUGCCGCCUUCACGUCACCAGCGACGACCCGGAGACCGCAGUCGCCUCGCCUCCUGUUUAUGGCGAGCCACCUGACCGCUGGUUGAACAACAUGAACCGACCAGAGCAGGAACAAUGAACAACUACUGGACUGCAGACAAGUCGCACACGAGUGAAUCCAAGACGACCGACCAGGAACGCCUCCUCACCUGCUCCGUUACC